CAUAGUGGCUCUUCAUAACCACAAACAAACACGACUUAACUUCUAUAGCAUUCCUACACCGCCACGCUUCGGAAACACUAUUCCACCUUUCUAGCAACUCCAAACUCGCGUCUGCGUUUGCUCCGAUUUUGGUGGCGAUGAUGAGUUCGGCGGCGAGGGUGCCCAAGUUGGGCUCCUUCCGUCACAGCUUCGCCGAGAAGAAAGAGAGGCUGCUCUCCAUGAAGGGUGGAGGUUACUCCCAAAUUGGGAUCGCUCUGCCGGAGUCCGACGAGGAGGACAACUCGCCGCGGAGGCGAUGCUGCUCAUACCGCGCUGUCUCCGACGGGAUAAUCGGCGCGUGGAAGAGCACGAAGCGCGUGACGGCGCGAGCGUGGGAGAUGGGGAUGUCUGAUCCCAGGAAGAUCAUAUUCUCCGCAAAAAUGGGACUCGCUCUCAUUCUCCUUUCUCUUCUGAUUUUCCUCAAAAAGCCCUUUGAGGACGUUAGUCGAUACUCCGUUUGGGCUAUUCUCACUGUAGUUGUGGUCUUCGAAUUCAGCAUAGGGGCAACUCUUAGUAAAGGACUUAACAGAGGAUUGGGGACUUUGUUAGCUGGAGGUCUAGCUUUGGGAAUGGGAAUCUUAUCACAGUUGGCUGGAAAAUGGGAAGAGCUCAUCAUAACUGUUAGCAUCUUCACUGUAGGAUUUUGUGCCACAUAUGCAAAACAAUAUCCAACAAUGAAGGCUUAUGAAUAUGGUUUCCGUGUGUUCUUGAUCACCUAUUGCUACAUUAUUGUGUCAGGGUAUCGAACAGGAGAGUUUGUUCAAACAGCUAUAAAUAGAUUUUUGCUCAUUGCACUUGGUGCUGCUGUCGCACUCGGGAUAAAUGUAUGCAUAUAUCCAAUAUGGGCCGGUGAGGAUCUGCAUAAUCUUGUGGCAAAAAAUUUCAUGGGCGUUGCUGCAUCAUUGGAAGGUUGUCAUAGUUUGUGGAAUUGCGUUGUUAAUAACUAUCUUAAUUGUGUUGAAUACGAGAGAGUGCCUUCUAAAAUUCUUACAUACCAAGCUGCAGAGGAUGUGGUUUACAAAGGCUACAGAUCAGCUGUUGAAUCUACAAGCACAGAGGAUUCAUUAAUGGGUUUUGCUGUAUGGGAGCCACCUCAUGGUAGAUAUAAAAUGCUUAGAUAUCCAUGGCAAAAUUAUGUGAAAGUAAGUGGGGCUCUAAGGCAUUGUGCAUUUAUGGUCAUGGCUAUGCAUGGAUGUAUACUUUCUGAAAUACAGGUUGAAUAUGGUCACUGCAUUAACUCAAGCUUUUAUGAGGCCAAAGCACCACCAGAGAAGAGACAAGUCUUUAAAAGGGAGCUUCAGAAGGUAGGUUCUGAAGGGGCAAAAAUUCUAAGGGAUCUCGGAAACAAAGUAAAAAAAAUGGAGAAACUAGGCGAGGAAGACAUUCUUUACGAAGUACACGAGGCAGCAGAAGAAUUGCAGCAGAAAAUUGACAAAAAAUCCUUCCUCCUUGUGAAUUCAGAGAGCUGGGAAAUCGGAAACCGGCCAAGAGGGGAGGGUGAUCCUCAAGAUCUCUUGAACGUGGAUGAAGAAAGACACUUUUUGGAGUACAAGUCUCUAAGUGAAGCUGUGCUUGAUCUCAGAGCUGUCAAAGUUCCAAAAGGUUGGGGAGAACAAGCAGCUCCUGAGAAGAAACCUGCAGUGCCUGUAGGUGUUGGUGAUGAAAACAUGUUCAGGAAACAGAUAUCUUGGCCUGCUCAUAUUUCCUUCACAGCAGAUGCAGUGACAAAAGAGGAAGAAUCUAAAACUUAUGAAAGUGCUAGUUCUUUGUCUCUAGCCACUUUUACAUCCCUUCUGAUCGAAUUUGUGGCAAGGCUCCAGAACCUUGUAGAUUCUUUCGAAGAGUUAGGCGAGAGAGCAAAAUUUAAGGACCCUCUUGAGCAAGCACCAACAACAACUGGAGGGUUUUGGAAUCGGUUGGGUAAUGUUUUGACGGUCAAGGAUUGAGAAUUUGAGAAAUGGCAGCAUUGAUUAAUCUGAAUUAAAUGCUGAAAUCCCAAAAUCAUGGUGUGUACCCUUUUUUUCCCUCGAGAUCAACUGAACUCAUCCUCAAAGCCAUCAUUCUUUAUUGACUUCGUAACCCCAGAACAACUCACCUAAAUCAACCGCUGAGUGCUAUUGCUAAGGUAAUAGGAUUUCCUCUAUGAUUUUUAUUUAUAUAAUUUUGUAUGAUAAAAACAAAAAAUAAUUCAUUAUGUGAUUUUAAUAUAUUUUUUUUUGUAUA